AACAAGGAAGUCGAUAUUUUACAGGAAACCAGCGUAAGCUGCUUUUUGUUUUGUUUUGUCUUUGUUUUUCUGUAAUACAUUGAGGGUCGUUUUUAACCACCGUAGGUAGCUAGAUUAGCUGAUAUGUUGUAACUUACUUAAUUUUUCUCUAUUAAGUUUAUUUUUGUAAGACAAUCGGCGACAUUUGACGUUAGCCGUGAUCUAGCUUUAGACAGUAACAACAGAGCUAGCAGGCCUGAAGGCCAUCUGUCCAUUGUGUUCCCGUCAGUCAGAUACGUGAUCUGUUUUUAUCAAGCAGAUAGUCGUAAGCUUACACUUUGUUUGGAAACAUUAGAUACCACAGUGAACAAACCGCCAGGGCUGCUGUCACCCGUUAAUCGCCCUGGUAAGGUUAGCUCUGCGGGCUAACAGGUUGUAUUGUGGAUAGUCAGUCUGCUGACCUCAACGUUACCAACGGAGCGUUUAGCGCAGUCACAUCACUGACAGUAAAGGGACACCAGCACUACAACAGACUAUAAAGAGAUUGGACGGCAAUGUACGCCCCGCCGGGUUCUACCGUUCCUGGAGGCCGGAGGAGGAGAGGGGGCACCUCCCUGCCCAAGCAGCCGGAACGGAGCCUGGUGUCGGCUCUGCCCGGAGCUCUCUCCAUCACAGCGCUAUGUACGGCUCUGGCGGAACCGGCCUGGCUCCGGGUUCAUGGGGGCACCUGUCCGAGACAAGAGCUGGGGGUGGCAGAUGUUUUGGGAUACAUUGAUCCUAAGCUUCUGGACGAUUAUUGUGUGAACCCGCAGACCAUCUUGCUGCUGCGGGUGAUCGCAGCUUUCUGUUUCCUGGGCAUCCUGUGCAGCCUGACUGCUUUCCUCUUGGACGUGUUUGGACCCAAACACCCUGCGCUAAAGAUCACACGCAGAUAUGCAUUUGCACAUAUUCUCACAGUUUUGCAGUGUGCUACAGUGAUAGGCUUCUGCUACUGGGCCUCGGAGCUCAUCUUAUCUCUACAGCAGCAACACAAAAAAUACCACGGUUCCCUCAUAUACGUCACCUUUGCCAUCAGUUUUUACCUGGUGGCGGGUGCAGGUGGAGCCUCUAUCCUUGCGACAGCUGCAAACCUCCUGCGCCACUACCCCACCGAGGAGGAGGAGCAGGCUUUAGAGCUGCUGUCGGAGAUGGAGGACAGCAGUGAAACUUUUCCAGCCGAUUAUGACAUUGCCAGUCAGUUUCAGCCGCCGCCUGCAUACACGCCCUAACGCCGCCAGACUGGCCUUGCUAACACACGCUUCUCUCUCAGCACGGCUAUUGGCUUGAUGAGCAAAACCCACUCUUUAUCAAAAAGGAUAUCUUUGCAAAUACUCUCUGUAAUGAACACAGCGCGUGCACAGUUAGUGCACAAACUCCUUGACUGACAGUGCUUGAGUGCAUGAAAGCUUUCUUUAGUGGUGGCAGAGAUUGAGGAGAUGAUGAGUCUUUCUUUCAUCACUGAAGUUUGUUUGUAAUUUGCAUGUAAAUGGCUUUUAGGAUGUGGUCCUUACAUGUAAAGCAAUCUCAACCGCGAGGAGUGCUCAACACGGCUCAUCACAAGUGAUUGAUGAAACAGCCACAGCCCGAUCGGUGCCAUUUGUUGAAGCUGAGCUGUUGGCAGAUUGUCAGCGGUUGUUUUGCUCUUCGUUGGACGUGGAUGGAGCGUUGUCAAGCUUGGUUUUGAUUUCAUUUUUUGAUUGCCAUGUGUAUGAUUUUUAUUUUACUGAUACAUCAAAAAAAUGCAGGAAUACGCGGAGAAGAUUGUUUUAGACUUUUUCUUUUAUAUAAAAAAAAAAUCGAAUAGACCUUAUUUAUUAUUUAGUCGUCUGUGCUGUGUCUUAUUUCCUUUCUUUUGCUUUGUAGGCAUCUGUCUCUGGUUUAGUCUUAUUUAAUCACAUCUGUACUUGAACUAACACAAGGAAACUGUCAAAAAAAAACAUGAGAGAGGUUUUUGUGGUGUUUUGAAAAGGAUCCUGGCGUGUGUUGUGUUUAGAGCUAGCAGCCACGGAGAGAUGGAGAAACAUGUUUCACAGUGAGGGUGACAUUUAGUAACAAAUCUCACCACGUGAGUUGGUCAUUACAUGUUUCUUGUAUUUAAUUUCAAAAAAUAAACCUUAUUUGUACUUUGUGAUUACCAUUUGUGACGGUUGCAUAUGUGUUUGAUAUGCAUGAGGUCUUUGGUGAGCAAAUUUUAAACCUCUCGGCAGAAUCUGACGGGAACACGUCACGUACGGCGUCGGCUGAGGUUUAAAAUUGUGAUUGACGUGGUGAUUGUAGUUGGUCGUGUAUUGUUCUGUUAACACCAUUUUUGUUCGUUUUUGUUCCUCAUGCUUUCAUCACCGUUGUGUAAAUAUUGAUCGUUUAUACAUUAAAAAAAAAAAAAGUGGUCAUAAUAAAGUAAAUGCCAUA